AUGGCUCCUCAACUCGACGGCUACUUUACCCAAGUCGACAAGCUCUCGUCGCACUUUAUCGACCGCCUCGGCAGAGCCGUUGCCAUCCCCUCUAUCUCGUCAGAUGCUGCUCGCCGACCCGAUGUAGUCCGUAUGGCUCAUUUUCUGGCCGAUGAGCUCAAGGCUCUAGGUGCUAGUGUCGAGUUACGGCCUCUUGGCAAGCAACCUGAUAACCCCGCCCUCGACCUACCCCCCGUCAUCCUCUCCAGAUACGGGAGUGAUAAGAACAAGCGGACCAUACUCGUGUACGGACAUUACGAUGUCCAGCCGGCUGACAAGACCGACGGCUGGGCUACGGAGCCCUUCACCCUAGCCGUUGGCGAGGACGGACGCAUGUUUGGUCGUGGCAGCACGGAUGACAAGGGCCCCGUUCUUGGCUGGUUGAAUGCCAUUGAAGCUCACCAGAAAGCUGGCGUUGACUUCCCUGUCAACUUGCUGAUGUGCUUCGAAGGUAUGGAGGAGUACGGAUCCGAAGGUCUAGACGAACUCAUCGAGCAAGAGGCCAAGGUUUUCUUUGCUGAUGCUGACGCCGUCUGCAUCAGUGACAACUACUGGCUAGGUACAGAGAAGCCAUGUCUGACAUACGGUCUCCGAGGCGUGAAUUACUACAGCGUCGAGGUCUCUGGCCCAGGCGCAGAUUUGCACAGUGGUGUCUUUGGCGGUACGGCACAGGAGCCUAUGACAGAUCUUGUUCGUGUACUAGGUAGCUUAGUAGACACGAACGGUAAGAUUCAAAUACCCGGCAUUAUGGACCAAGUUGCCCCCGUUACAAAGGACGAAGAGUCACUAUACGACGGCAUCUCUUUCACAAUGGAAACUCUACACGAGUCCCUCGGCUCUAAGACAACCAUAUUUGAGGACAAGAAGUCGACGCUGAUGGCGCGAUGGAGAUAUCCUUCGCUCUCCGUGCACGGCAUCGAAGGUGCCUUCUCAGCCCCUGGUGCGAAGACUGUCAUCCCCGCCAAGGUUAUUGGCAAGUUCUCCAUCCGCACUGUGCCUAAUAUGGAGAUCGAGAAGACGAAUGAGCUGGUAGCCAAGUACGUCAAGGAAGUCUUUGCGAAGCUCGGUAGCAAAAACACCAUGAAGGUGUACCCGCAACACUGUGGAAAGUGGUGGGUUGCGAGUCCCAACCACUGGAACUUCCGCGCUGCUGGGAAGGCCGUUGAGCGUGUAUGGGGAGUACAGCCAGAUUUUACACGCGAGGGUGGCAGCAUUCCUGUUACUCUUACGUUUGAGCAAGCUACUGGUAAGAAUGUGCUUCUACUGCCGAUGGGCAGCUCGACGGAUGGUGCGCACUCGAUCAACGAAAAGCUCGAUAAGCGUAAUUACAUUGAGGGCAUCAAGCUUCUUGGCGCAUAUCUGCACUAUGUUGCGGAGGAGCCUCAGCAGUAAGUGUUUGACCACCAAGAUAUACAUACCGCGAUACCACAAUACAAAUACAUCAAAUUACGAUCUGUUUUUAUUUUUGUUUUUGUUUAUGUUGAUAAUUGGAGACUUUAUAGUGUUUGAUGCAGUACCUUGAAUAAUACUGCGGUAGAUGUAUUGGAGGUAAGUAUACUUGGAGUUGAGUCGUGUAUAAAAGAUGGAAAUGAAUUACAAUCUGGUAUACUAUGUAGGUACAAGGUACGUACACUGGUUUAGUUUUCAGGGGUACAUGGUAGCUUUUCCUCCUGUCUAUCAA